AUGGAAGGUACGUCAUACCCUUGCAACAAACAGUCAAUUUCAUCAGUUAGUUUCGCAAUUAAAGAUUACAUCAAGCAAAUUCCAGAUGCAAAAUCCUUCAACAUCAAAGAAAACUUAUCCAAAAAAGCAUUAAGUUCGAUAAUUGAUUUUAUCAACUACAUCAGACCAAUGGAAAUGAAAAAUGAUGAGAUAAUUGAUGUUUAUCUCUUAGCAGCGAUACUCAAAAUCGAUUUCAUUAAGAAUAGAUACAUUACUGAAUUUACGCAACUUAUUACUAUUAACAAUUUCCCUAAAAUUUUUGAAAUUUUAUCAAAAACACCAGAAUUUUGGCUUCCAAUUUUAAAUUUCUUUUCAGAAAAUCGUAAAUUCUUUUUAGAAUUUUCGAAUACUAACUUCAUUCCAACAGAUCUUUUGAAAAAUUUCCUUAUCAGUAAUCAAGACUUCUUUGAAAGCGAAGAUGAAAAGUUUAAGUUUGUUUUUAUGCAAUACUCUAAAGAUCCAUUGCGAUCAUUAGUACCAUUUUCGAUGAUUCAUCCUGAAAAAAUGUCUGAUCAAAUGAUUUCGGAAUUAUCGCAAAUAAACAACAUUUCCGAGAUCGAGAAAGCGAUGAAAUUUAUUCCAUUACUAAAUAAAUUAGUGAAUCAGUUCAAUUCCUUGCAAAAACAGAAGAAAAUUUUGAAUGAAACACUUAGAAGUAAACAGGAGCAAAAAGAUGAACUUCUUAAUAAUGAAGUAAGUCAGUUGACUAUUAACCAAUACAUUGAAAAUGAAAAAAAGAGAAUAGAAAAAUCAAAAUCUCAAUUCAUAAGUAUUAUUGAUGAUUUAGAGGUUUUAUCCGCAGAAGUCGAAAUAAUAUGUUCUAAAAUGAAAUUAUUCAAGGCGGUUCUUGAUACUUCUUCAAGAAUUUACGAAGAAUGUAUUUCUCUUUGUGAACUCGCAAUGAGUAUGCAAGAUGAUGACUUUACUAAAGCGACUAAUAACGUUAAAUCUGUUUGUUACGAUAUAAUAUACAAAUGUAACUUACUUCUUCAAAAUUACGAUGAAAUUGACGUUUUGGUUGAAUUUUUCGGAUCUUCUUCUGCAUCUCUUCGCAUACAUAUAGCAGAUUAA